AUGUCGACAAUAUCGUAUCCAGGGGCCUCGUCCUCAACCACACCACCGUAUCCACCCGGCCCCUCGACCUCUACACCGCCUGCCGGUAACGCCAUCGAUGCUACAGGCGUGAACGGCGUUGUUCCCGGCGCGGUGCCGGACAGUUCGAUCAUGUUCUGCGUCGUAUGUGCGUCGAACCAGAACCGCUCCAUGGCAGCGCACUCGCUGCUGGCCAAGUCGGGCUUCAACGUGACGUCUGCCGGCACCGGUUCAGCCGUGCGUCUGCCCGGCCCAAAGAUCAACCUGCCCAAUAUCUAUCCCUUCGGAACAGCGUAUACCGACAUCAUCGACGAUCUCAACAGCAAAGAUCCACGGCUGUACUGGGCGAAUGGAUUGAUGACCAUGCUCAACAGGAACAAGGACGUCAAAAGAGCACCCGAGAGAUGGCAAGAGACCAAGUUCACCGCGGAUGUUGUGAUCACGUGCGAGGAAAGAUGCUUCGACGCAGUGUGCGAGGAUCUGUUCAAUCGAGGCGGAGAACUCAAUCGUCCAGUGCAUGUCAUCAACGUCGAGAUCAAGGACAAUCACGAAGAAGCAGUCGCUGCCGGAAAGGCCAUCCUCGACCUGGCAAAUGCAAUCGCGGGUUCACAGGACAUCGAUACCGAAAUGGACGGCAUCUUGGAACGACACCAACAAAACUACCCGCAUGCCAUCCUGCAUACAGUCGGCUACUAUUGA